UUUAUUUCCGUGAAAACGUGCUUCAACAAUUCAAGCUUUAUACCUAAAUUAAGGUGCGUCAAGUCAAAUCCAUUUUUCUAGAUUUCAUCAUUUCACGUUUCGAAGCACAUUUCGUUUAUUGAUGAAAUCCAUAGAAACCCCUUGUAGAGUAAUUUCGAACUUCCCAUUGGCUCAUGAAUACUGCACGCUGAAUCCUCUGAAAUUUACUUUGACCAACCAUUAAAUAAAUCGUUGUCAUAGUAACAUACUUUUUCCUUUGUUUCCAUGACUUUCGGGAAAAAUGGAAAUUUCCACACAAGGGUCCUUUUUCAAUCAAUUCAGUUUCAGCCGGGCACGAGUCAACAGUGGGCAAGCCCGGCUUAGAAAAUAUAAUUUUAAAAAUAAAUAAAAUGGCUGACGGUGGGGGCGACCAUCUCAGCCCAAUAAGCAGCGUCACGCAGUCUGACGAAGAGGAAAACGUCGUUGAGGAGCUGGUCAUCCAAACGCCCGAGAUCCCAACAGUCUCGUACUCGGGCGAAGACUUGGACAAACUGGUCAGUUUUGUCCAGCGAAUGACGGUGCUCUUCGCGCUCGACCACAGGGACUGGUCCGAGCAAACAGUGAGCGUGAUCAAGUCGUGGUUGCUUGACGUGCAAUGCCUCAUGCUCACUGUUUUCUAUGACGGAAACACGCUCACGGCCUGCUUAACUUUUCCACUGUCCCCAGUGCAAGACCUAGUCUACUUUUUGCGUGAACCAAAUCAAGUUUUCACAGUAGAUGGAUUCCACGAUGAAGUUAUUUUCGGCACCAUCCACGAGGAUAUCGACGGAUCAUUGUUGGGCGUUUUAGAGAAGGUUUAUGCUCCGAUAUUUUUCCAAUAUGGAGAGUGGAGUGAGAAUGUUAAGUCUCACUUGUGUUCAUGUUUGCAUGAUUUUUUGAGUUUUUUGACUGGUCUCCAUUAUAAGUUGUCUGGUAUGACCAUAUUAUAUGUGCCAAAUGAGGGGCACGGCUUGGCUGUGGAAGCUGCUAUUAAGGAUCGUGAAAUGAUAAAGAGGCUUGAGACUGUCGCAGUUCAUUGGGCUUCGCAGAUAAGAACCUGUUUGAGCGACAAGAAGCAACUGGUACCAUAUGAACUGCUUUGUCCGUUUGAUGAAUUUGACUUUUGGCUCUAUAGAUAUGAAGUUCUUCAAGGACUGAAUUCCCAGCUCAACCAUGCAGAUCUGCUGCGAAUCAUCCACAUGCUUACGCAGGCGCAAUCUGUCUACAUUAAACAGAUACUAGAACUAACCCAAGAGUGCACUAAGGAAAUGAACGAAGCAAGAUCAAAUAUAAACUAUCUCCAGCUGCUUGUAAAGCCUUGCAAAAACCUAGAUGACUGUGAAAGUCCUGCAAAGGUACCACACGUUAUCCCUGAAAUCAUCCAUACAUUCCGCUAUAUUUGGUUAAAAUCUGAGUUUUACAAUACCAAAGAAAGCAUCGCUGGCCUAUUUCGUGCUCUGAGCAAUCAGAUCAUAAUUUAUUGUCGCAAUAAAGUCAACAUCUCUCAUGUCCUCGGCGGUAAUCCAAGAUUCGGAAUCAAAAUGGCAGACAUGUCAAUUGACUGCUGUUUGUCCUACAAGGCCAUUUAUGAUAUAAUGUCGAAACAGCAUGCGGAGAAGAACCCUGCUGUGGGGUGGGAUCUGGAUAAUGCAACUAUUUUUAAUCAUGUCGACGCGUUUAUCAAGAGACUGGAGGAUUUGAUCGAUAUUUGCGAAUCUAUGAUUGUGUUUGGGAGAAUGGAUGAAACUGAGGAGAUUCAAAAGCCACUAUUUGGCGGUAAUCGAGGGCAAGAGUUCGAAAGGACUAUCGAAGAAGUGGAGAAUAUUUUCAACGAUGGGCUUGGAAAUCUGGAGGGCAACUCGAAGGAAGUAAUUUUAGAUGUACACAAUAAGCAAUGGUAUCAAGAUCUUGACAAAUACCGUAAGAUGGUACAAGACAUUGAGGAAAUAGUUGAAAACCUCAUCUCAAAUGUGUUUCUCUCUGUAUGUAAUGUUGAAGAAGGUAUCGAAGCUCUCGCAACUCUCUAUUAUUUCUCGUAUCGAAGAACAUUGCGUCCAGCCUAUAUCCGGAAGACCUCCGAAGUCUGGAAUAUGUUCAUUACAGAAAUUACAGACACUAAUAAACGCAUGCUGGAGCAAGCUAAAGAUAGGGCCUCCUGGUUGCCCAAACAUGCCUCCAAGGCGAUCACCUUAAAAAUAAAUCUGGACCGAAUCACGCAUUUAAUGAACAGGUUCAAAGCCGCUAAAUGGAUGCCAGAUGUUUCGCAAGCCAAGAGUGCAAUAAUUGAAUAUGAAACCAUGCAAACAUCUUUUACUAAGAACAUACAGAAGGUAUAUGAAAAAUGGAUAGAUGACAUUGGCUAUGAGUUUCUUUCGAAAUUGGACAGGCCGUUGAUGAUUCGCAGCAAAACCCAUCAAGGUCUUCUUGAAUGCAAUAUAGACCGCAGCUUGUUGGAGAUCUGCGAGGAAGCUCGUUAUUUUGAAAUGCUUGGAUUUACUAUUCCCGUGAAUGUGAAUCAAGUUUACUCCAAAUACAAAACCAUCAAAUUAGUUUACGAGAGUGUCAUGACAGUCGUCCUGGACUAUAACAAAAUCCUGGAUGCACUUUCACCACAAGAGCGAAAGCUAUUCAAGGCUUUGAUUAUGACCUGCGAUAAAAAGAUUGCUCCUGGAUUGAGCAAGUUGACUUGGGGCGGGGAACUCAGUGACGCCUAUAUAGCCGAAUGCGUUAAGUAUACAGGAUCUCUACAAUCCUUCGUCGACUUAUACAAGGCAGCCAAUAAUGGAAUUGCUGGGAUUUGUGAGAAAAUAUGCGACACUCCGGUCUUGAAGUUUACUAUGAACUCUUUAGUGGAGCUAAAGGACCUCAUCAAACAUUUAGAGAAGUACCGGAAUGAAGCGACUGUGAAGCUAAUGGAGCACUACAAUACAGUCAUCGACUUCAUUGUAGCCGUUUAUAGGGGAUUUGAAACGAAUAUCAGAUUUAUGGCAAAAGAAUGGUACGAUUAUAUCGUUAAGUUUGAUAGUAUGAUGCAGGAAGCUCUUGUUAUGUGCGCUAAGAAUUCUCUCCAGAGUAUCUACAGUGCAUUACAUGGUGAUGGAAGUGUGGGCCCUUCUCCGAUUCUUUCCAUGACUGUGGACAUUGAAGACAAGAAGAUAAUUUUCAAGCCAGAAAUACAAGAAAUCACCACCGUACUAGGCGGACUAUUGGACUCCAUAGUUGAAGCUAUAUCGUAUUUUCCACGAAUCACCGAGAAACUUUUUCCCGACUUGGAAGAGAAAGAAGACCCUUACCACAGUAUUAUCAAGAAUGAUUCAGAAUGUCUAAAGAUUCAGGAGUGCAUCCUGGAUGAGGUUCGUCACAAUGAACGUGAACUAAUGUAUUAUUUGGAUACUUGGCUUAAUUUCCGAUCAAUUUGGGAAGUUAAUAAGGAUGAGUUCAUGGCAAAAUAUGAAGAAGCUGAUACUCCAGCAGAAACCUUUGAUGCCAACAUCGGUCGGUAUUCAGAGGUUGCCAAUCAAGUCUCCAUGCAAGAAGCUAUUAGCACUGUAUACUUUAUCGUUGUGAACUCGAACAAUUUGAAAAAUUCCAUAUUAAUGCAUAUCGAUGAUUGGCAGAAACGUCACACGGAACUAUUGCGAAAGAAAGCUAAGGAGAAGAUUGGAGAUAUUUAUGAAUACAUGAAAGUGAACUCAGAGCUGAUUUUAACUGUGCCAAAGACUAUCGAGGACAUGAAAAAAUCAGUGAUGCUAUUCGAGAGACUCACCGAAGAAGCUCCUAUAAAAGAAGCAGAGUUUCCCAGUAUCCUGGAACACUUCGUCACUCUCGACAAAUACGAGGUAUUGAUAAGUGCAAAAAUGCGUGGAAUGGUCGCCAAUUUACAUAACGAAUGGAAAGACUACUUGAAGAAGCUCAAAGAAGCGGAGGACAUGCUAGGAAAUUCGAAAGAUGACUUCAAAUUGUCCUUGUUGAGGCAGGCCGAUGUUCUUAAAGAAGUGUCCAAAAGUCUCCUUGAGGACUUCCUUGCAAAGGCGCCCACUUCCCCACAAACAUCCUGCACUACAGCCCUCAGUAUCCUCAAAGACUAUCGUCGUCAAAUGAUUGAAUUGUAUGAUGCAGAAGGAACAAUUAUUUCAAACCUGUCAGUGUUCCACAUCAACCAACCCGAAAACAUGGAUCUACGAAAGUUGGAUAAAGAAAUGAAGAUUCUCGAUGAGAUAUGGGAUUUGGUUUAUCAAUGGGAGACCAGCUGGCAAGAAUACAAAACUGGAAACUUCUGGGAAAUUAUACUGGACGAUAUGGAAAAUUUCGCAAUAACAUUGUAUAGGAAAUUGAAUCGUCUAUGCAAACAAUAUAAGGAUAGGAAGUGGGAUAUCCUCGAAUACACUAGGAAACAGGUAGAUGGAUUUCGACGAACGCUCCCUCUUAUAUUGGCUUUGAAGAAUCCUGCUAUGCGAUCUCGGCAUUGGGAUAGAGUUAGGAACCUGGUUAAAAUGGACUUCGAUGAAAAUUCGGCGGAAUUUAAUUUGGAGUCGAUUAUAGUAAUGGAUUUCCAGGCAUAUUCAGACGAUAUCCAAGAUAUAUCGAACGCUGCUACCAUGGAGCUGCAAAUUGAAAAUGGGAUCAAGAAUAUCGCAGAUACGUGGGAGACUAUGGCCAUUGAAAUAGUUCCAUUCAAAGGAGGAGUUUAUAGAAUAAAAAGUGUCGAAGAUUGCUUCCAAGCUCUCGAGGAAAAUGUUGUUCAGAUUUCAACUAUGAAGGCAACCCGUUUUGUAGAACCUUUUGCGAAGGAGGUUGACUACUGGGAGAAAACGCUAUCCUAUAUAAUGGAGACCCUUGAGCAGGCGUUAAUUGUUCAGCGGCAGUGGUUGUAUUUGGAAAAUAUAUUUGCAGGUGAAGAUAUCAAAAAGCAGCUCCCUGAAGAGAACGCUCGAUUCGAUAAUGUCACGUUCCAAUGGAAGAAGAUAACAUAUGGAAUGUUUAGUGCAGAAACCGCUUUGAAAGCCACGCAUCUAAAACCUCCAAACUAUCUACUCGAUAAACUAAACGUUUUAGCGGAUCAGUUGGAAUUCAUACAACGAGCUCUGGAAGUUUACUUAGAAAAGAAGAGACAGAUUUUCCCCAGGUUCUACUUCAUAUCGAACGAUGACUUGUUGGAAAUCCUUGGCAACUCCAAGAAACCAGACUUAAUCCAAACUCAUCUGAAAAAGCUCUUCGAUAACUUAUACAAGAUUAAGCUAGAUAAAAUAGUAAGCAAAAAAAUCCGCUGGGAAUCGAGUGGUAUGUUCUCGGAUGACGGCGAGUAUGUUGAAUUUGUCCAAACUCUGCACAUUGAUGGGCCAUCCGAAAUUUGGCUCAAUGAUUUGGAGAGUGAAAUGCGAACUACCUUACGGGAUAAGCUUCGUCUUACGCGGAAUUCGUUAAAGAAACUCCUUUCGAAACGUGACAAAUGGCUCGCAAUGUGGCCAGGUCAAAUGUGUCUAACCAGUUCUCAAAUCCAAUGGACCUCGGAUUGCACGAGAAGCUUAAUGCUUUGUAAGAUGGUGGAUGAGAAGAAGCCAUUGAAGAAGUUGAAGAAAAAACAGAACCAGGUUUUAGCGAAGCUUUCGGAAAUGAGUAGAAAGGAACAACCUAAACAAAUUCGCUUGAAAGUGAACACUUUAAUCACAAUCGAGAUCCAUGGCAGGGAUGUAAUUGAAAGAAUGUACAAACUGAAUUGUAAAGACACAUCUCAUUUUGAAUGGUUUUCGCAACUUCGAUUUUACUGGGACAGGGAGCAUGACAAUUGCGUUAUUAGACAAACCAACACCGAAAACUACUAUGGAUAUGAAUACACUGGAAACUCAGGACGAUUGGUUAUUACUCCUCUAACGGAUAGAUGCUAUAUCACAUUGACCACAGCCCUUCAUCUAAAUCGUGGUGGAAGUCCAAAGGGUCCUGCCGGAACUGGAAAAACUGAAACUGUCAAAGAUCUUGGAAAAGCUCUAGGAAUGUGGGUUAUUGUAACAAAUUGCUCAGAAGGGUUAGAUUAUAAAAGCAUCGGGAAGAAUUUCUCUGGCUUAGCUCAAACUGGAUGCUGGGGAUGCUUUGACGAAUUCAACAGAAUUAAUGUAGAAGUAUUGUCAGUUGUUGCCCAACAAAUCCUUUCCAUUCUCUCGGCGCUUGCACAAAAGUUAACUAUGAUGAACUUUGAAGGAGAGUUAAUAUCAAUUAAACCCACAGUUGGCCUCUUCAUCACUAUGAACCCUGGCUAUGCAGGACGUACGGAACUACCAGAUAAUCUGAAAUCAAUGUUUCGCCCCAUAAGUAUGAUUGUCCCAGACAACGUGAUUAUCGCCGAGAACUUAUUGUUCAGCGAUGGCUUCCAAAAUACAAAGAGCUUAGCUAGGAAGGUUUUUACAUUGUAUGAACUAGCCAAGCAACAACUUUCUAAGCAAUGCCAUUAUGAUUUCGGGCUGAGAUCGAUGGUUGCACUUCUCAGAUAUGCGGGUCUCAAAAGAAGGCAACUAGCUUCUUCAAACGAAGAGGAAGUUGUUUACCUAGCAAUGAAGGACAUGAACAUGGCUAGACUAACGGCAAAUGAUUUGCCACUGUUUAUCGGGAUUAUGUCCGAUAUAUUCCCAGGUGUCACUGUGCCAUCUGUAGACUACCAAGAGUUCAAAACUUCCAUUGAGGAGGAGUUGUUGGCGAAUAAUCUUCAAACGAUAACGAGUGCCGUGAGCAAAGUUAUUGAGCUUUACGAAACGAAGAACUCUCGACAUUCUGUGAUGGUGCUUGGAGACACAGGUACCGCUAAAAGCACCACAUGGGCCGCGUUACAAGGGGCCUUUGCACGUAUGAAAAAACUGGGAAUCUCUGGUUGGACAGAUGCAGUUGUUUACCCGAUCAACCCUAAAGCGUUAAACUUGGGUGAACUAUAUGGAGAAUAUAAUCUUGGUACUGGAGAGUGGCUUGACGGCGUUCUUAGUGCAAUCAUGAGGACGAUCUGCGCAGAUGAGUCUCCAACACAAAAAUGGAUGUUAUUUGAUGGUCCAGUGGAUGCUGUAUGGAUAGAAAACAUGAACUCUGUGAUGGACGACAAUAAAGUGUUGACAUUGGUGAACAGUGAAAGGAUCACAAUGCCUGCCCAGGUGUCUUUGCUGUUUGAAGUUGCCGAUCUUUCUGUGGCUUCUCCAGCUACCGUUUCGCGCUGUGGCAUGGUAUACCAUGACUAUCACGACUGGGGUUGGCGCCCUUACGUUCGAUCAUGGCUUCAGAAACAGCACCCAAAAGAGUAUGCAGAGCAGGUCAGCGGUCACUUCUAUCGGUAUUUGGAUAAAAUAUUGGAAUUCAAGAGACACAACUGCAAAGAAACUGUCCCUACUAACGAGCUCAACUGUGUCAUGUCACUUUGUCGACUGCUGGACUGUCUCGCGACAAAGGAGAAUGGCAUCACUGUGGAGAAUGAGGACCUACUUGAGACCAUGUCAAAAUUAUGGUUCCUUUUCUGUUUGAUAUGGUCUAUAUGCGCAACAGUCGAUGAAGAAGGCCGUUUGAAAAUCGAUGCGUACAUUCGAGAGAUGGAAGGGGUGUUCCCCAUAAAAGAUACCGUGUACGAUUAUUAUGUGGAUCCUAAGCAAAGAGCAUUAGUACCUUGGGAGGACAAGCUUUCAGAUAACUGGAGAUAUAAUAAAGAAGCUCCAUUUUAUAAAAUUAUUGUGCCUACUGUUGAUACGGUUCGAUAUGAAUUUUUAGUAUCUAAGCUCCUAGCCCAACAGUAUCCAGUUAUGCUUGUAGGGCCAGUUGGGACUGGUAAGUCUUCCACGGCAGUCAGUGUGACCGACGUCCUUGACAGGGAGAAAUAUUCACUGCUGGCAUUAAAUAUGUCUGCGCAGACCACUGCAAACAAUCUUCAGGAGUCGAUUGAAAGUCGAACUGAGAAACGAACAAAGGGCGUUUUUGUCCCAAUUGGGGGCAAGACUAUGAUUUGUUUUAUGGAUGACUUCAAUAUGCCCGCGAAGGAUACGUAUGGCUCCCAGCCACCGUUGGAACUAAUAAGACAAUGGAUUGAUUACGCAUUCUGGUAUGACCGCAAGAAUCAGAAACGUGUUUAUAUUAAACAAAUGUUGCUCAUGGUGGCAAUGGGUCCACCAGGAGGUGGGCGCCAAAGCAUAUCCUCAAGGACGAUGAGCAGGUUUUCUGUUAUAAAUAUGACCUUCCCAACGGAAAGUACUAUUACUCGGAUCUUCGGUACAAUGCUGAAGCAGAAGUUGUCAGAUUUCCCGGAAGAAUCAAAACAACUUUGGAAGCAACUGACUUCGGCAACCUUAGAACUCUACACUUCUGUUAGCUCUAAAAUGCUUCCCACACCGGCCAAAAUUCACUAUUUGUUCAAUUUGAGGGAUAUUUCAAGAGUUUUUCAAGGUUUACUUCGAAGCCAUAAUGAGUAUCACAUGUCCAGGAUUGUCAUGCUAAGAUUGUGGUUACACGAAUGUUUCCGUGUAUUCAGUGAUAGACUAGUUGACCACAAUGAUCUUGGUUGGUUCCAACAAACGAUAAAUGAUAUUUUAGGCAGAACUUUCGACACAACCUUUGUAACACUUUGUCCAAACAAGAGUGCACCCAUUUUCGGAGAUUUCAUUAGCAGCUAUGGCUACUACGAAGACCUGGUCAACAUGGAUGUACUCAGAAAUUAUAUGCAAACCCAACUCGAAGAUUAUAACAAUUCACCAGGAGUAGCCAGAAUUAAUCUAGUUUUCUUCAGGGAAGCAAUAGAACACAUCACAAGAAUUGUAAGGGUCGUGUCGCAGCCAAGAGGAAACAUGCUGAUGAUUGCUAUCGGUGGAUCUGGUCGCCAGGUUCUUAGCAAACUGGCAGCGUAUAUAGUGGAAUUGAAUACAUUUCAAAUUGAGGUUACUAAAAAGUAUCAAACGAGUGAGUUCAGGGAAGAUUUGAAGACUCUGUACAAAAUUUGCGGAGUGAAGAAUAGACCAACAUCAUUCCUAUUUACUGGGGAGCAAGUUGUCGAAUCCAGUUUUCUAGAAAUAAUGAACAACAUGCUAAGCACCGGUGAGAUAAACCUUUUCAAGCCUGAUGAAUUUGAGGAAAUUAAAACUGAAAUCGAGCCCAGAGCCAAAAAGAAUCGUAUCCAUCUUACCACUGACGCUUUGUAUUCAUUCUUUAUGGAAACUGUUCGAACAAACUUGCAUCUGAUCAUAUGUCUGAGCCCCGUCGGAGCCAAUUUCAGAGUUCAAAUAAGGCAAUACCCAGCUUUAAUCAACUGUACAACGACCAACUGGCUUCGUGAUUGGCCUCAGGAGGCUCUACUGGAAGUGGCCCAAAAAUUCCUAAGUGGUUGUAAAUUGGACGCUGCCAUAGUGGAGGAAGAAAAACAAAAAUCUGGACGAGACAGCCUCAUUAAAUCAACAGAAGAAAAACUCCAGGAAGGGGUGGCAAACGUAUGUUCCAUAAUUCAUUCUUCUGUUGUCAACAUGGCUGAUAUUAUGCUGAAUGAAAUGAAAAGGCAUUACUAUGUGACACCAGUCAAUUACUUGGAACUGGUAUCUGGAUUCCAGGAAAUGCUGGAAAGAAAACGAGCCGAGGUUUCAAAGAAUGCGAAUACACUCCGAAGUGGGCUAUCCAAAAUUCAAGACACGCAGGACAAAGUGGCAACUAUGUCAGAUGAGCUCAAAGUAAGCCAGGAGCAGGUUAUCGAAUUGCAGGCAGAAUGUGAAGAGUUUCUGGUAGUUAUUCAAGCUCAGACUGCGGAAGUUGAUACUAAACGACAGGAGGUAGAAGCUAAGGCAAAAGUGAUAGAAGUUGAAAAGAUUGCUGCAAUUGCUAUGGCGGAGCAGGCACAAGAAGAACUGAAUAAGACUUUGCCCGCAUUUGAGGCGGCAAUCAAAGCACUUGAUUCUCUCAACAAACGUGAUCUUACUGAACUGAAAUCAUAUGGCAGACCCAGCUAUAAAAUUGAAAAAAUUGUUGAAGCUGUCAUGAUUUUGUUGGGUAAAGAUACAUCCUGGACAGAGGCCAGGAAAGUUCUUGGGGAGCAGAACUUUCUGAAUGAUUUGAAAAACUUUGACAAAGAUAAUAUAUCUGAUAAGACUUUGAAGAGGAUUGCACCUUAUACUCAAAAUCCUGAAUUAGAGCCUGAAAAAGUAGAAGAGUUCUCUCUGGCGUGCAAAUCAUUCUCUAUUUGGAUCCGAGCUAUUGAAAAUUAUGCGAAGGUGUAUCGAGUUGUAGCCCCGAAGAAAGCUGCCGUUGACGAAGCCAUGGCUUCACUUCAGGCAAAGGAAAAACUGCUACAAGAAGCAGAGAGUGAAUUGGCAGAACUAGACGCAGAGUUGAGUAAACUCAAAGCAGACUUCAACGAGAAAACUGCUCUACAGGACGAAUUAAAAGCAAAAGCGGAAAAUUUAAGGCUAAAAGUCGAACGGGCUGUUCUUCUGGUUGAAAGUUUAGCUGGCAACCGGGAACGAUGGAUCCGGACCGUGAGUCAGCUGGAUGUGUCAUUCGGCAAGUUGGUUGGAGACUGCCUCUUAUCUGCAGCGUUUGUCUGCUAUGUCGGUCCCUUCGACACAAAGUAUCGUGAGGAACUUCUAGAAAUGUGGAGAAAGGAGAUAAUUACUUAUGAAAUACCAAACUCUGAAGAAGAGUUCGAUAUUAUGACAUUCCUUUGCGAUGCAGUGACUAUCCGCGAAUGGAACAUCCAAGGAUUACCGUCGGACGAUUUCAGCACUGAAAAUGGUAUCUUAGUUACAGAAGGGGCACGAUGGCCUCUUGUCAUUGACCCGCAAACCCAAGCUCAAGGCUGGAUAAAGAACCUCGAGAAGAAAGACUUGAAAAUUAUAGAUUUUGGGCAAACCGACUAUAUAAAGACUUUAGAAUCUGCUUUGCAAUUUGGGAAACCAGUUUUGUUACAAAAUGUAGCUGAAACUUUAGAUCCUGCUUUGAACCCUAUCCUUAAGAAGGCUAUUAUUUUCCAAGCAGGACAGCAGUUAAUCAAGUUCAAUGAUAAAAUGAUUUCCUACAACUCCGCUUUCCGUUUUUACAUCACCACAAAACUCAGCAAUCCGCACUAUCCUCCAGAGAUUUCAACAAAAACUACCCUUGUAAACUUUGCUAUCAAGGAAAGUGGAUUGCAAGCACAACUUCUGGGCAUCAUUGUACGUAAGGAGCGUCCGGUUCUUGAAGAGCAGAAAGAUAACUUGGUGAUGAAUAUAGCGAAGAAUCGAAGAACAUUGAUAAAUUUGGACAAUGAGAUCCUGCGUCUUUUGAAUGAAUCAAGAGGUUCAAUCCUUGAUGAUGAUGAAUUGUUUACGACUUUGCAAAUUUCCCGGAGGACUGCAGUUGCUGUGGCAGAAUCGCUAUCUUCUGCUGAGGUGACCGAAAUGGAAAUAGAUCAGGCGCGUCAAGGCUACCAACCUGCAGCACAUCGAGCGGCCAUACUUUUCUUUGUCCUUAUGGAUAUGUCUCGAAUUGAUCCCAUGUAUCAAUUUUCUCUGAAUGCUUAUGUGCUCCUUUUCACUCAGUCAAUUGAACGCAGUCUGAAAAAUCCGAAUCUUGCUGAGCGGAUUCUCAAUUUGAACGAGUUUCAUACUUUUUCGGUGUACAAGAAUACCUGCCGGGGCCUCUUUGAAAGGCACAAACUUCUAUUUUCAUGUCAUAUGUGUGCAAAGAUUAUGGAGGCUGCGGAUAAACUAAAUUUGGCUGAAUAUGACUUCCUGUUGAAGGGUGGAAUUGUAUUGGAUCGGCAAGGCCAGUCACCAAACCCGUGGCCACAAUGGAUCUCAGAGAGUGCUUGGGAUAACAUCACGGAGCUGGACAAGGUACCCGGAUUCCAUGGGAUAAUCGAUUCAUUCGAGCAAUAUCCAAGAGAAUGGCGAGAAUGGUACUCAUCACCGACCCCAGAGAAUGUUCCUUUAAUUGGAGAGUGGAAAGAUGUCUGCAACGAUUUCCAAAAAAUGCUCAUUGUACGGUGCUUACGACCAGAUCGAAUGACUUUCUGCAUGACUACGUUCAUCAUUAAUAUUCUGGGUCCGAAAUUCGUCGAACCACCCAUGUUGGACUUAAAAGCAGUAGUUAGCGAAUCCCUGCCGCAGACUCCAUUAAUUUUCGUCCUGUCGCCAGGAGUUGAUCCUACAUCUGCUCUCAUUCAGUUGGCCGAAGCGAAUAACAUGUCUAGUAAGCUCCACUCCCUCAGUUUAGGACAAGGCCAGGCUCCCAUCGCAACGAAGAUUUUGAUCCAAGGAGCUAAAGAAGGAAAUUGGGUAUUCCUGGCUAACUGUCAUCUCUCACUCAGUUGGAUGCCACAGCUUGACAAAAUCGUUGAAACAUUACAAUCGGGGAAAGUCCACCGAAAGUUCCGACUUUGGUUAAGCUCUAGCCCUCAUCCCGAAUUUCCAAUCUCGAUCCUUCAGGCGGGUAUCAAGAUGACUACUGAACCUCCAAGCGGAAUUAAAGCCAAUAUGAAAAGAUUGUACAAUAUAAUCACAGAAGAACAGUUUAAUCGAUGCGAGGCGAAAGACAAAUAUAAACGGCUAUUGUUCGCUCUAUGCUUCUUUCACACUAUCCUCCUAGAGCGCAAGAAGUUCCAGCAGUUGGGGUGGAAUGUCAUAUAUGGUUUUAAUGAUUCAGACUUCGAGGUAUCUGAAAAUUUAUUAACCCUUUAUUUAAAUGAGUACAAGGAGACUCCUUGGGAUGCACUCAAAUACUUGAUAGCUGGCGUCAAUUAUGGAGGUCAUGUAACGGAUGAUUGGGACCGAAGAUUGCUAACUAGCUACAUUAACCAGUUUUUCAACGACAAUACCCUUCAAGUUCAGAAUUAUAAAUUGUCAUCGCUGACCACGUACUAUAUACCAAGAGAAGGAACUCUACAAUCUUAUGCUGAUUACAUCCAAUUGCUACCGAACUUCGAUAAACCUGAAGCGUUCGGUCAACAUCCAAAUGCAGAUAUUGCCUCCCAAAUAACUGAGACAACAGCACUAUUUGAGACAUUAGUUUCCCUGCAAGGGCAGUCUGCUGCGGCACAAGGUGAAAGUAAGGAGGAAAAAAUCUUGCAGCUCGCUCAAGACAUCGAAACCAAAAUUCCCGAUCCCAUUGACUACGAGAAUACUUCCAAGUUAAUUGGACCCUACAAGCAACCCUUGGAUGUUGUGCUUUUGCAGGAAAUUGAACGGUAUAAUAACUUGCUAGUGAAUAUAAAGCAAGGUCUCACAGACCUGCAAAAAGGCAUCAAAGGGCUUGUUGUGAUGAGUACUGAAUUAGAGGACAUGUACAAUGCCAUGUAUGAAGGAAAGGUUCCAAGUGCCUGGUUAAAAACUUAUGCUUCUCUAAAACCGUUGGGAUCAUGGGCGCGAGAUCUCGUAGAACGCAUAUCUCACUUCUCCCUCUGGGCUAAGACUGUUCGCCCUCCUACACUGUUUUGGUUAGCCGCUUACACUUUCCCAACGGGAUUCCUGACGGCAGUGCUACAAACCUCAGCAAGGAUCACAAAAACAGCAAUCGACGAAUUAUCAUGGGAGUUUACAGUACUAAUUGAAGAUGAAAGUACAAUUCAUCGUCCUCCGCAAGAGGGUGGAGUCUAUAUACGUGGUUUCUACCUUGAAGGAGCCGGCUGGCAUCGGAAGAACCAGUGCCUUCAGCAGCCGCAAAUUAUGGAAUUGAUUUGUCCAAUGCCUGUUAUCCAGUUCAAACCAGUGGAGAACUUAAGGAAACGGACAAGAGGGAUGUAUCAGUGUCCUACGUAUUAUUAUAGUGUGCGUGCCGGGUCGUUCGUUAUUGCAGUUGACCUUAAGGCGGGGGUUGAAGACGCUGAUUUUUGGAUACGGCGAGGAACUGCUUUAUUGUUAAGUUUAGCUACUUAAUUUACUGUGAAAUUUGGUUUUGUUCUCGCAUUAAUAAAAGGCUGAUUAUCGUUA